AUCAAGUCUCUCAUCUCGUCGAUCGUUACGACAGGUAGGAGUUUGUUUUAUUUUCAAUUGUUUUCCAUCGAUGUUCUACAAAAGUGAAGAAAGUAAUUUAAUAACUGCGAAAUUAUUUGGAGUGAUUUAAAAAAUGAUUGCUUCACUUGCACGGAUUGGCAGUUCUGCGAUAGGUCAGAGAAAUUUUAAUUGUUGGACAGCGGCAAUCACAAAGAAGCACAGAACGAUAUACGAACGAACGUAUCCUACAACUCUUGUUUUGCCAGAUGGAAGCAGUAUAGAGAUCGAGUACCACGAACCACGAAAGAUAAUAACUCUCCCGCUAAAUAUUGGGGAACUUACACAAGAACAACAAAAGAAGCGACUCGAGAUGCGUAAACCAAAAACGAAGAUAGUCAUAACCGAGGAAAUUGAAGACAGUUUUGAUGAGAACAGGUAUCUCAAUUUAAAAAAAUAAUUGUAUCUAAGCAUUUCUGAAAACUGUAUCAUACAUGUUAUAUUUAUGUCAAAAUAUAAAAUGAAUCAUAAUGAAUCAAACAAAGAUCCUUUCUAUUCGUACAUUUUUAGUUUUAUGUAAUAUUUAAAUUAUUACAUAUUAUCUAUUUCCUCUGUAAUAUUGAGGAAAUGUAAAUACUAUUAUACACUUUUAUAUUGUAUAUGUCAAAGCAUAGUAGUGAGCAAAUCUAAUGUUAUCAUUAAAUAAUACCUCGAAUUGUAUCUUAAUCUAAGUAAGUUAUAUCUCUUGUAUAAAGUAGAAAAUAUACCAUUUAUAACAUGAUACGAUUAUUAUAUUGUGCAUUAUUUUACAAACAUAGAAUAAUGUUUAUAGUUCUUAAUAUCACUAACGAAUUAAUAAUACAAUAAAGAUGCAAUUGUGCAAGAUAAAUAUUAAUCUCUUGUUUCUUACAGAGAGUUUUAGUUUUUAUCUUAAUAUUAAAAUUACAAUAGGUGAUAAAAGAUAUUGAUUUUCCUUCAGAGCGUCCUUGAACUUGUCUGAAAAAGAAAGUAGACUGUACGCGACGGAAAACGAAUCGAUUACAGGCUCGAACCGCUUUCGAAUAAUAUUCGUCUCUCAAUGGGCAAUAAUCAUUCGUGUAAUAAAUGCGUUUUCACAUCCGGAUGAAGGAAUCGCAUAGCUGAGCGAGUGAAAAUUCGUUGUAACGCACAUGUGACGAAUGUGAGAGAAUUGUAAUAAAUAUUAAAUAUUUGUUGAAUAUAAUUUCAUUUUGAUUCAAUCGUA